AUGAGGGAAGCCAAUGUGAGGAUAAAGUUGCUGCUACAGAAGAAUCGCCGUCAGCGUCUACGUGUCAGCUUCGCAGUCACCGCCCGAGGCCUUGUACCAGAGCUCAGCACCAGUCCCCCACGAGCUGAGCUGGCCACAGCCAAGAGCCCCGCCAGACACGGGGGAUUUGCUGGAGUGGGUGAAAGGGUCUGGGUCCCGCCCAAGGUGAGCAGACUCCCGGGAACAGCGAGCUGUGCGGUGUCUGGACGUCAGUUCCCAGCCAGGAGGGAGACGCAGGAGCUUGUUGUUUUCGGGCAGAGACCCCGGUCCUCUGGAUCACCCCCCAGCUCAGCCCGAGGGGCCUCCGUAAGGUCCUCCUCCACUGAUGGCCCGAGUGCACCAUGCGAAUGCACACAUCUGGCGUGGGCGUGUGUGCAGACUGAGUCGGCCCGUGACGCGGAGCUGUGGUGUGAGGAAGAGGAAGCCGGGAAGCCAGCCCUGCAUUCUCUCCGACGUUUUGCAACUACCACAUGCUUGGCUCGCAGCUCCUGGCGUGCCCCCAGCGACAUUCCUGCAGAAGAUCAGCUGCUGCCACAUCAAACCGUUUCCGUCCAGCUCUCACUGAGGCCCGAGGGCCUGCCACCUUCGCCCGGGACCUCAUGGGUGGGGCACGAGGAAGUUACCAAGAAUUCCAGGCAUUUCAGGGAGUUGUGAGCAUAUUUGCGCAAAGCUGUGGCCAAAACCUGGGGUGUGAGGGCCUGAGCGGU